AUGCCCGAGCAGAAUGCUGCCAGGGGCGAUCUCGCCACUCGGCAAGCAGCGUUGCAGAAAUCACUCUCUGCCGCGUACCUCAACCACCAAAUAUCAGAACUUGAAUCAAAAGUCCGUACGGCCAAUAUCGCCUCCCCCGCACCGCAAGACUACUCGGUCGACGCAGGCGCGCUUCUCAAUACUCGCCGUGAUCCGAACGAUGACCUGGGCCGUCCCGACGAUGUCGAGCUCGACGAGGACUUGAGAGGGGAGGAGCAGUGGAGGGUGAUGGUCGUCGAUAUCUCGGCGUUGAUGUGGGCGAAGAAUGCCGUCAAGAGACUGGUGGCCAAGGGAUGGGAGAUUGUUAUACCUCAGGAAGCUCUGAGUACUCUCGACCUCCUCAAAAAGGGUUCCACCCCCUCCGCUGUCGCCGCCCGUCACGCCGCCCGCUACAUCGAGCACGCCCUUCGCUUUCACACCGUCCUGUCUUCCGACCCCUCCCUCGCCAUUCAGUCCACCACCUCCUACAAACGCGGCCGCGGUGUACGUAUCCAACGUGCCACCGAGACCCUCCCCGUCGACUCUAUGCUCGACGAGCUGGCGAUCCCGCCGAUGGACGGGGAGGAGAAUUUGCCCAUGUGGCUGGAUCGGGUGUUCAGGUGUGUGGCGUACUUCAAGAGGGUCAUGGAUGUCGAGGAGAAAGAAUGGGGGACGAUGGAGGAGGGAAGUGGAUUUGACAGAGAGACGCCUCCCAUACUCUACGUCGGCAAUGCGCCGGUGUUUGUAGAGGUGGAGCAGGGAAGAGCAGAGCCCACUCCUUCCGCAAGAGAUGGUGACAAGAACGUCGACUAUACCGCUAGAGCUGAAGGUCAUGUCAUUCUUCAGGAAGCUGCUCGAUUCGACUUGUCCCUGCAGGUGUUGCGAGACGACGAUGUCGAAGUCGAAGCUGCCGGCCUGGGCGGACGCAGACCCAAUCACCGUGGGAGCAACGACCGACUUGGAGGAGGAGGAGGCGGACGUCGAACAGGCGGGAGCAAUGACCGAAGAGGUGGGCGUGGUGCCAACGCUGGAAACAACGGCAACCGACGCAAAGAGCCCAAAAAGGAGCUCGAACCUCCCAAAGAGGUCAAGAUCCUCCUUCGUCGACAGCCUUCUCCCGCAGACCCAACCGCAGCUCGGGACGCUUCUCCAGACAGCCACCCUUCCCCUCUUGCCUCUCCCAAUGUUCCCGACCCAGCCUUUCCGGGACCAGAGAUCAAACCACGAGACAACUCUCGAUCACCGGCGCUAUUGGCGAGGCCACCUGCUGCUUCUCCCAGACCGGCGCUGCCUUCCGUCAAUCCUCCGACCCAGAACAUGAGACAAACUCAGAACCGACCCUUUCCAGCCCGUUCGUCAAUGGGCCUCCCCCCACGUCCGCCUAUGGGCGGCUUCCGUCCCCCUGCCGGAACCAUGAACAUGGCUCGAAACAUGAAUCCCCACAACCUUGGUCAACUCCCCCACCGUCCUCCUCUCAACAUCGACCAAAAUCAAAACAACUCUCGAGCUGGUGAUCGUCGCGGAAGACAUGGGGGCGUGGGCGGUAGUGGUGGUGGCGGGAGGGGAAGAGUUGGAAGCAAUACGAACGAGUUUGUGCUCCUACAGAGACCUCAUUCUUUCGUGCGGCCUAUUCCGGGGGCUUCUACACCUCCUACUACCGCUCCCACUCCUGCUGCUGCUGCUGCUGCAGUUCCCGAACCUGUCCAGACGAAUUCAAACCACGCCACGAAUAAGGCUCCGGGCAGUGGAGGUAUUCGAGGAGGGCGAGGGCAGAAGGCUCCGCCAAGAAUUGACGAUGAUCUACUUCCUCGAGACCAGGCAGAAAAGAAGCCCGGGAUCCUGCUUUUGCAAAGACCGAGAUAG